CGUUAAAGAGCCUAGUGGAAGGAUAACAAAAAGGUUAGGACUUCAGAAACAUGUUUAAAGCCUUAACGCAACAAAAGGAGAACUCAACUGCCAAAAUAACGACCAUCAAACUGGAAAGACAAUGACUUUCAACUCCUUAUGGCGCCAAUUAUCCCCAAAUUAUGCAUCAGAAAAUCCAUUGUUGUUUUCUCGUUAUCUCCUAUGCGAUUAUCGUUUAUCAAUGGAUUUUCCACAGUUGAACUGAAACAAUCAGCAGCAGCAGCAACAACAACAACCAAGAAGAGAACUUUUUCGCACAUUUUCCAAGAAUGUACUCAUCAAAGAGCUCUAAAUCCGGGAAAACAAGCACAUUGUCAGAUGGUAAUUUCUGGGUUCGAACCCACAAUCUUUGUUACCAAUUGUUUGAUUCAAAUGUAUUUAAAAUGUUGGCGGUUAGAGUAUGCACGGAAGGUGUUCGACAAAAUGCAUCAACGAGAUACAGUUUCUUGGAACUCCAUGAUUUUUGGUUAUUCCGGGGCAGGUAAGAUGGAAGUUGCGCAGGUUUUAUUUGAUUUGAUGCCGGAGAGAGAUGUAGUGUCGUGGAAUACCUUGAUUUCGAGUUAUUUGCAGAGUGGGAAUCAUCAGAAAUGUGUAAACAUAUUCUUGCAGAUUGUUAAAGAAGGCGUGUGCUUUGAUCACACUACAUUAGCUGUGGUGCUAAAAUGUUGUUCAUUUUUGGAGGACUAUAUACUUGGUAUACUAAUGCACGGGCUUGCAGUGAAAGCGGGAUUUGAUAGAGAUAUGGUGACAGGAAGUGCUUUGGUUGACAUGUAUGCAAAAUGCAAGUAUCUGGACGAGUCAUUGAGGUUCUUUUAUGAAAUGCCUGAAAAGAAUUGGGUUUGUUGGAGUGCUGUUAUUGCUGGUUUUGUUCAGAAUCAUCAGUUUAUUGAUGGUUUGGAAUUGUUUAAGGAGAUGCAGAGACAAGGAGAGGGUGUUAGCCAAUCUACAUAUGCAAGUAUCUUUAGGUCAUGUGCAGGGUUAUCCGCACUUGGAUUAGGGCGUCAACUACAUGCUCAUGCUUUAAAGACCAACUAUGGUACUGACAUUAUUGUCGCAACCUCUACUUUGGAUAUGUAUGCGAAAAGUCAGAGUUUAGUAGAUUCUAGGAAGGUAUUUAACUCUAUGCCGAAGCAUAGUGUGCAGUCUUAUAACGCUAUGUUGGUUGGUUAUGUGCAAAAUAAUCAAGGUCCCGAAGCAUUAAAGUUGUUUCGACAUCUGAUUAUAUCUGGCAUAGGCUUCGAUGAAGUUACUCUGUCAGGUGCUUUUAGUGCCUGCGCUGUGGCCAAACAACUAUUAGCAGGCUGUCAACUACAUGGUUUAGUUAUGAAGAGCAACUUACGGUCUAAUGUUUGUGUAACAAAUGCAAUUUUGGAUAUGUAUGGAAAAUGUGGAGAUGUUGUUGGAGCAGAAGGUGUAUUUAAUGAGAUGAUUAGGAGGGAUGCUGUAUCUUGGAAUGCUAUAAUUGCAGCUUAUGAGCAGAAUAGACUGGAAGAUGAAACUCUACGCCUGUUUGCUGCAAUGCUGGCUUGUGGGAUGGAGCCCGAUGAGUUCACUUACGGAAGUGUUUUGAAAGCUUCUUCAGGAAAACAGACUUCAAAAUGUGGUAUGGAAAUCCAUAGCAGAGUUAUCAAAUCUGGAUUGGGCCUCGACCCUUUUGUGGGAAGUACUUUAGUGGAUAUGUACUGCAAGUAUGGGAUGAUUGAUGAGGCUAUGAAGCUUCAUAAUAGACUGGAGAAACAAAACAUUGUUUCUUGGAAUGCAAUUAUCUCAGGUUGUUUACAGCAAAAUCAGAAUGAUGAAGCCCUGAGAAUUUUCUCAUUGAUGUUGGGAAUGGGCAUUGAACCCGAUAAUUUUACCUAUGCAACAGUUCUAGACACCUGUGCUAACCUGGCCACUGUAGGACUCGGGAAGCAAAUUCAUGGUCAAAUUAUCAAGCAUAAAUUGCAAGGAGAUGUUUACAUUGUGAGCACUCUCGUUGAUAUGUAUUCAAAAUGUGGUAAUAUGCAAGACUCUCAGCUUAUGUUUGAAAGAGCUGUAGAACGAGAUUUCGUGACAUGGAAUGCAAUGAUAUGUGGCUAUGCUUAUCAUGGUUUUGGGGAAGAAUCUCUUAAAGUCUUUGAAGAUAUGAAGAGAGAGAAAAUAAAGCCAAACCAUGCAACUUUUAUCGCAGUUCUCCGAGCUUGCGGUCAUAUGGGGCUUGUUGAAAAAGGUUGGGAUCACUUUUGCUCAAUGCACAGCUAUGGUCUUGAUCCUCAACUGGAGCAUUAUUCAUGCAUGGUGGAUAUGACAGGGAAGUCAGGGCAGGUUGGAAAGGCUUUAGAGCUUAUUGAAGCUAUGCCAUUUGAGGCAGAUGAUGUUAUUUGGAGAACCUUACUUAGUGUUUGCAAGAUGUUUGGAAAUGUGGAAAUUGCAGAAAAGGCUGCGAAUUCCAUCUUCCAAUUGGAUCCUGAGGAUUCCUCUGUAUAUAUUCUCCUCACAAAUAUAUAUGCUAAUGCAGGGAUGUGGGAUGAGGUUUCUAGAAUGAGGAAGGAAAUGAAGGGAAAUAAGGUGAAAAAAGAGCCAGGUUGCAGUUGGAUAGAGGUGACAGGAGAUGUGCACACAUUCUUGGCUAAUGAAAAGGCUCAUCCAAGUCAUGAAGCGAUAUUAGAAGAACUUAAUUUGCUUUACAGUGUGAUGAGAGAGAUUGAACAUUUACCUGAGGGUGAAUUUUCUCAGGGUGUUGAAAUAGGCUGAAAUUGCAUAGUGAUUAGUGAGUGGCACAAAGAGCCACAGUGGUGUUUGCAGAGAUGAGGAAAUCCCAUGCUGAUAGUUAUCCUUACUUGACUGGAUUAUAUGUUUUGGAAAAGAAAUAUGAAACUGAAUUUUCAUAUGGAUAAUACAACAACAUAGACUGAUAGUCUGUGA